AAGUUGCACUGGAGUUCAAGCGUGGUGUCCUGUUGCGUGAUCUCCCGCAGCUAUCCUCAGGAAACCAACCAUCUCUAUUCACUGACGAUCAGCGCUGAGCGCCACAGCCAAGUGCGCUGCGCUGUUUUAAGUCUACUCUGGAGGGGGAAAACCAACAGCAGGAAUAAAACUGGUUUCAUAUUUUAGAUUUGAAACCCGCUCGCUGCAUCGGAGUCACCAGAGAUGAUGAAUUUGAUCCCCAUCUGCCUGCUUUGUGGAUUGUAUGCUGUUCUUGCAAAAGACAAAGAUCAAAAGGGGAAGUAUAGUGUUCCUAUUCUGGAUGUGAAAACCCGGCAGUUGGUCCUUGACACCAACCAGACACUACUGCUCCGCUGCAGGGGUCGCUGGGAGCUGACAUGGGCGUUCCCAUCAGGUUUGGCCAGAGAUCAGGUGCAAGUGAAGGAGUCUCGCUGUGGGAGGACAAGCCAGCAGUACUGCAGCCGUUUGAUGGUCAUCAGCACCCAGACCCAGCACACUGGCCUGUUCCACUGCAGAUACCGACACAGAACCCAAAAACAGACCUCCAUCUAUGUAUAUGUCACAGACAGCCAGCAGCCAUUUGUGGAACAUCCGGGUAUGAGCCCAGAUGUGUUGUACAUGAAGGAGAAGCAGCCACUGGUCAUCCCCUGCCGGGUCACCCACCCUAACGCCACCACCACACUGGUCAAGUACCCUAACCACAGCCUGAGUCCAGACCAGAGGAACAUCAUUUGGAAUAGCAAGCAGGGUUUCACCAUCCGAACUCCCACCUUCUAUUACAUUGGCCUCUUCUACUGCCAGACAAUCACUGAUGGCAUCACACACAAGUCGCGUAUAUACUUUGUACACAGAACAGUGAGUAACAUCAUGGAGGUCUAUCUGAACAGUAGUGGACCUGUGCAGGCCCUGAAGGGAGAGAGGCUAGUCUUGAACUGCACUGCCACCGGGGAGUUGAACACCAGAGUCAACAUCACCUGGGACUACCCAGGAAAGAAUAACAACACAGGCUCCACUUCCAAGAGGCUCCUGAAACACAGAACGCACAUGUUGUUCUACAAUAUUCUGACCAUCCCGAAGCUCCAGCGUUCAGACCGAGGCCUCUACACAUGCCGCGUGACCAGCGGGGAAAAAACCAAACAACAGAAAGUCACUGUUACAGUCUAUGACCGUCCGUUUAUUCGCCUGAAGUCCAGACAUGGAUCUAUGAUGGAGGUACAGGCAGGACAGAAAUCUUACAGAAUCUCUCCCAAACUACGAGCGUUCCCUGCCCCUGAAGUCACCUGGUUGAAGGAUGGCAUGGUGGCAGCAGAGCAAUGCUCCAGAUACCACAUGGAUGGGAAUUCCCUGGUGAUCCGGGACGUGGCAGAGGAGGAUGCUGGGAAGUACACUGUCCUGGUACGAAUCCAGGAACAUGGACUCUACCAGAAUCUCACGCUUACUCUUGUGGUCAAUGUGAGUCCUCAGAUAGGGGAGAAAGCGGUGUCGUUGCAGGACCCGGGCUCGGUGCCACGGGGGAGCAGACAAGCCCUCCAUUGCACAUCCCACGGAGUCCCUCCUCCACACAUCCAGUGGCUAUGGCAUCCCUGCCCAUCCAAAAGCCUGUGUGUGUGUCCAACAUCCUCCUCCCUUUGGAGCCCUGUUACAGAGAGGGUCCCUGCCACGUUCACAAGCAACCACAUCCUGAGUAUUACACACAGACAGGAAGUGCUUCAAGGGAAGAAAAAGACAGUGGGGGUCCUGACUGUGGCAGAGGCCUUUGUGUCUGGAGUGUAUCGCUGCACUGCUUCUAACUCUGCAGGCACUGACCAGCUAGACCUCCACUUCUACGUCACAGAUGUCCCAGGAGGCUUCAGUGUGAGCCAGAGGGAGGAGCCUAGAGAGGGUGGAGACCUCCAUCUCACCUGUGUAGCCAAUAAGUACCUGUACACAGCGUUGUCAUGGCAACGAGUGAAUGACACAGAGGGCGCCCAAUCCCGCAGCCCUGCCCUGAGUAGUCAGCAGCUCACAUUGGGGGAGUUUUCCAAUUCUCUGGUCCUGUUGCUAAGCAACCUAACAGCCAGAGACUCUGGCGCCUACAGAUGCUCUGCCCACCACCUGAUCAUCGGACAGGAGGCCCACCUGGACACACAGGUGGUGGUCACAAUUUUGGAGCCUCCAGUGCUGCUUGAUAAUCUGACAGAUUGUACUGUCAACCUCAGCAGCUCAGUAAUCCUUAGCUGUCCCUCUGAAGGAGUCCCAACCCCAAUCAUCACGUGGUACAAGGAUGAACGUGCUCUGUCUCAGGGAUCAGGUAUUGUGAUAUCAACUGCAGAUGGGACCCUCCAUAUUGAUCGAAUCACAGUCGAGGACCAGGGCAUGUAUACAUGCCAGGCCACCAAUGAGAGGGGAUCUGCAGAGAGUUCUGCCUAUAUAUGGGUAAACCGUGCCUCAGAAGCCUCAUUUCUGGAGAUUCCCACACUUACCUGUACCUGUGUGGUGGCCACUCUCUUCUGGCUUUUGCUGACGCUCUUCAUACGCAAACUGAAACAGCCCAACAGCUCAAACGCCAAACCAGAGUACCUGUCAAUCAUUCUAGACAGAGGGGAGGGGCCAAUAGAGGAGCAGUGUGAGAGACUACAAUACGACCCCAACCAAUGGGAGUUCCCUCGGGAGCGGCUUAAAUUAGGGAAACCUCUGGGCCGCGGAGCCUUUGGUAAGGUGAUGCAGGCAGCUGCAUUUGCUAUAGACAACGACACCAGCUGGGGAGGGGGGGGGGUUUUAAAAAAGAAAAAAAGAAAAAAGGGGGCUACAGCCAGCGAACACAAAGCUCUGAUGACUGAACUGAAAAUCCUCAACCACAUUGGACAUCAUCUUAACGUAGUCAACCUCCUGGGAGCCUGCACCAAGCCGGGAGGACCACUAAUGGUCAUUGUGGAGUACUGUUGCUAUGGAAAUCUUUCUAACUUCUUGAAAGGCAAGAGAGAGGUGUUUGUACACAACACGCCGGCCGGAGGAAAGGAUGGAGGGCCAGGUUGUUUCGGCAGCGUGUCUGAGUUUGAUGAGAGGGACGAGAAAGAGAAUCAACUUGAUCCCAAAUCUGCCCCUAACUCCCCUUUAUUCCUGGAGGACCUCAUCUCCUUUAGCUUCCAGGUGGCGCGAGGAAUGGAGUUUCUGGCCUCUCGCAAGUGUAUUCACCGAGACCUGGCAGCCAGAAACAUUUUGCUUUCUGACAAUAAAGUGGUUAAGAUCUGUGACUUUGGCCUGGCCAGAGACAUCUACAAAGACCCUGACUAUGUCCGCAAGGGAGAUGCCCGCCUCCCUCUAAAGUGGAUGUCUCCAGAGUCCAUCUUUGACAAGGUGUUCACCACGCAGAGUGACGUGUGGUCCUACGGCAUUCUGCUGUGGGAGAUCUUUUCUUUGGGAGCUUCCCCUUACCCUGGUCUUCACAUAGAUGAAGAGUUCUGCCACAGACUAAAGGGGGGAACAAGGAUGCGAGCACCUGAAUACAGCACUCCUGAGAUUUACAGCACGAUGCUGGCAUGCUGGGAGGCCAGUCCAUCAGAUCGACCCACCUUCACUAACCUGGUGGAGACCCUGGGAGACCUGCUGCAAGCGAGGGUUCAGCAGGAUGGAAAGGAUUAUAUUCCUCUGGGAUCUUUCAUGACUGGAGACACUGGUCGCAGCGAGACCUUCAAAGAAAACCUGCUUGCAGUCACAAACAUGAGUUACAUGAGGGGUAUGGCCACACUUCAGACGUUUGAGGAACUGCCCUGCGAGGAGCCAGACAGCCCUGAUGAUGAGCAGAGUGACAGUGGCAUGGUCCUCCCAUCUGAGGAGCUAAAGCGUCUGAUGUGGAAUAACAGCACCAAGAACAGGAAACUCAGCAGGUUCUUUGCCUUCACUAACUGCCGGGACAACCAGGUGCCUUUCCUGUGCAAUGACAUCACAGGUGUCUGUGAUGACAAGCCGUCUAUCUUGCAGUGUGAUUGGGAGUCUGACGAGAGUGGCUCCCCUCCUCCGGAUUAUAACUCUGCUUUUCUAUACCCCACCCUCUAGCAUGUGUUCCUGAACCGAUUUACACAUGGUAUAUAUUUUCUUGCUCAUAAUAUUUAGUCAACUAAAAAUGUAAUCUGCUUUUCAACUUCAAUCCUCUACCUCAUUAUAAUAUCUGCAUUUAUUCAUCUGUCGUCCUUUUUCCUCCUUCAGCCAGAGAUAAUUUCUCUAGAUUUAACACAAAACAUCACUUUGUUUUUCUUCAGUUCCCAAACCCAUAUGCUGUUGUACAACAAAGCCUUACCAAGUAUUAUCUUGCAUUACAACACACAACCCCUUCCAAGAGCAGCUAAGUAUUACCUGAUAGUACUUAUCAUAUGCAGUUAUGCAGAAUGUAUUUACUGACCUACAACUAUAAGAGCUUAUUGUAUUGGUACCUCAUGUGCUGAGCUUUGUGAAAAGGAACACUGCUGUAUGAAAUAAUAGUUCCUUCUACACAGCUACUAUAUGCUGGAAAGAAAGUUAUUAUAUACUGAAUUAUAUUAUGUGUUAGACAGGAUGUAUCCAUCUGUAUUUAUUGUAAUGCUGUAAUCAUUUCAUGGAUGAGGCUGUAUCUCACGGUGAAUGUUAAUAUCCACUCAGUUUAAUUUUGGUUAUUUAAGGUUAUAAUGUUCAGUUUUACUGAAACAAACUUAAAAAGGUAAUGAUUUGUCCACCCCAAUAGUAUCAAUGGAGGUGGAGGUCUCAGUAAUACAAACUACAGUCUGCAAAAUCACCAGAGUUGAAUAAUUUCUCUAAAACAGCUUCAACAAAAACAUUGUAAGCCUCAUAAACAUAGCAUGAAUUGCAGGGCUGAUAUACUAGACUGCACUGCAUACAUAAUGAACUGGCAACUGAUUGGAUAUUUAAUUCUAUAUUAAGUAUCCUUGGAUAUAGAAUCAAGUCAAAUUAUUCAGAUUUGACAAAAAUGUAUAACAUAUACUUCAUUGGGCUGUUUUUUUUGCCAUAUAUUAUUUACAAAAAUAUUGAAUGUACUUUGAUUAAUAAUUAAAUAUUGUUUGUCCUUAACAAGAGCUGAAAUGAUUAGUCCAUAGAUAGAACAUUUACUAUUUUAAUAACCUAUUAGAAAACAAAAAUACCAAACAUUUCCUAGUUCCAGCUCAAUUGUGAGAUUUGCUUCUUUUCUGUCUUACGUGACACUAAAUUGAUUAUUUCUGGGGUUUUGACUGUUAACAGAUGAAACAAGACAUUUGAAGAUAUUUCUUUGACAAAAUAUAGACCGAAUGAUUAAUCACAAGAUAAAUCAUUGAAAUCAAUCAUUAGUUGCAACCCUAUAAAACAUACAAUCACUACACAUCCACUACAAUAUUGGCAUCUAACCCACUUUAUAAACAUCUGCUUCCUGACACAGACACGGUAUUAACAUGCAAUCUCUGUCUGGAUAGUGAAAACAUAAUUGAAUUGAAUGAAUAGAUUGCAUGUUAACCCCAUUCAAAUGAAGUCCAAGUGCCAGUGACAAGUAGGCAAGAAUGUACAGUUAAGGAUGAUAAAGCCAUCUCACUAUGUAAUGAGUGAGCAAUGACUACAUUUAAAGAUUAUUAAUCAUUGAAGAAUGGAAUUGUUAAUUUAGUAAAAUCCUACCCAGAUGUUGACAUUAGUGUUUCUAUAAACUUGUUUUAAAAUAUUUCAUUUAGAAAAGCUGUAAUGUACCCAAUUGCAAGACAAGACAAGACCCUGCAUGUAUCAGUUUUGGUAUUCUUUAUUAAAAUACUGCUGUACACACAAAUAUUGCAAAAUUUGAGACAAUGAACACAAGAGGGGCUAAAACAUACUAAGAUGGUGAUUGUAGAUGUGUUGAUGUCGGGGAGGAGAAUAAGGUCAUCUCUAAUUUUAACUGGAGUGUUUGUGUUGUGUUGUGGAAGAUAGUGAUAUGAGGACUGACAUUGUGUGGACCGAGUUGGGUGGGGUGCGUGUGUGUGCGUGUGUGUGUGUGUGUGUGCGCGUGUUUUCACCACAUUCACCAAAUAUGUUUUUGUCUGUUCAUUUCACUGAAACGGAGGAAGUAGUACAUGAUCUAACACAGCCAGCUCCCUGCAGGUUGGUUACCCUCAAGUACAGACCAUCCACUUCGAUGACAACUUGGAAAUAACGUAAAAGCCAAGACACUGUUCCCGUUUACACCAACCACCUUAAUUUGUCUCUUAUCUGACAGUGUGCUUCAUACAUGAGACCCUGUUUUUCUACAGUCUUACGUAUGUACACGCUUGUCAAAAGCUACAAAGAACUAGGCUAAGGCAGAGAAAUCAACAACAGUGGUUAGACAGAGCUUGGAUUGAUCUCUUUAUCUGGGUGAAGCAAGUUUGCACCAAAUUUAUUUUUAAGAGAUUCAAAUCAUCAACGGAAUAUGAACCGUACUUUAGGGCAACAUGAAAUCCCUCACAGCGUGAUCUCCACAGUGCCACUUACUUCCUAAAACCUCCACCUGAAGACAGCCCACCCACUCCACUGUAGCCCAUCUGACUGGACAGGGGGCGACCAAUGACAGCCAAACACAUUCAAUCAUUGGGCCCCACCAGCUGUUAGUCAUCCUGAGAGAAAUCCAAGCCAUCCGAGUAAGUGCUGGAGACUGCUUUGUCUCCAGCACGUUUGUAUUUCAUGAUCUUUAAAAGUCAAAUAAAACAAGACCAAAAAAAAAAAAAAAAAA